AUGAAGACGGAGGCGCUGCGGAGACUCCGAGAGCUGUUCGGCCUCGAGCGGGGAGAGGUCGCCGAGGAAGGUGGAGGAGGUGGAGGAGGUGGUGGAGGAGGUGGAGGUCGCGACUCCACGUCCACCCGGCCGCCCCAGUUCAUGGUGGACCUCUACGAGGCUGUGUCUGGGGAGGGCGGCGUGAGCCGGGAGCCCGGCCUGCUGGCCGGCAACGUCGUGCGGAGCUUCCUCACCAAAGCGGAGUCCGAGCGCUCGCUAUUCGUGUUCGACGUGGCGCGGGUGGCACGUGCCGAGCGCGUGCUCUCGGCCGAGCUGCACGUGUUCCGCACGCGUCACGGGCAGUCACGUGGUGCUGCGGCGGGGGUGGCGGCGGCGCCACCUGGUGGCAGCGGUGGGGAGCACGCGGGCGGCUCCUACUCGCACUCGUCGCCGCGGAGACACCAGCAGCACUACUGCCAGGUGAACGUGUUUGCGCUGCACGGUGCACCUCCCGUCCAGGGGCACACCACGAGCGGCCGCCUCGUGGCCUCGCGCCUCGUGUCUGUGUACGGGGCCACGUGGGAGGUGUUCACGGUGACUCGCGCGGUCCAGUCCUGGGUGUCGGACCGCAGCUCCAACCAUGGCCUGCUGGUCACGGUGGAGAACCUGUCCCACGGCCACGCAGAGCGGGGGGACGGGCCGGCGGGCCGCCCCCCGUGGCCCGACCGAGGGGACACCCUGAAGUUCGUGAGCGGCAAGGACCGCCAGGCCGGCAGGGAGCCGAUGCUCGUAGUGUUCUCGGACGACGGCCGCAGGUCGGCGUUCGGCCGCAACCCCGGCCACGACUACGAGCUUCCGGGCGACGCCGACGCCGCCGAUGCCCUCCGCCGCCUCUCGCGGGCCCGCCGCAACCUCCCCAAGCCGUCCACCUCCUCAACCUCCUCCUCGUCGCCGGUCGACUCGCCCGCCAGACCGCAGGCGCCGAAGCCGCCGCCGGCGUCGUCGUCAUCGUCGGAAGGUUCCGGGCCUUGCCGCCGCCACCCGAUGUACGUCGACUUCCAGGAGGUUGGCUGGUCCGGCUGGGUCAUUUCCCCGCGCGGUUACAACGCCUACUCCUGUGCCGGAGCGUGCCCCUUCCCGCUGGGCCACGCCCUGCGGCCUACCAACCACGCGACGGUGCAGAGCGUCGUGCGGGCCCUGCGGCCUCCCUCGUCGGCGGCGGGCGGCCGAGGGUCGGCGGUGCGGGCACCGUGCUGCGUCCCGGACGAGCUCUACUCCAUCAACCUGCUCUACUACGACGAGGCGGGCAACGUCGUGCUCAAGCAGUACGACGACAUGGUGGCCGUCAGCUGCGGCUGCCACUGA